AUGAGAAGAGCUUACUCUGUUUUACUUCACAGAAACCUCGCCGCCGCUCGCCUCGGCGGCGCCACCUCCAUCGCCGUCCCUAACCGUUUUCUCCAGACCACUCUUUACGGUACCACCGCCGGUGCGUCUCCAUCUAGCCGGCGUUGGUUCUCUUCCAUCCUCGCCGCCGUCGCCGGGACGUCUCUCGGUGUCGGCGGUCUGAUCGCGGCUUCGUCUGCCUCUCAGGAAGUACUAGCUAAGGAACGUCCUCCUUCAGAUGCUCUUCCUAAGGACGUCGUUCUUUAUCAGUACGAGGCCUGUCCUUUCUGCAACAAAGUGAAAGCAUUUUUGGACUACUAUGAUAUACCUUACAAGGUUGUGGAGGUCAACCCUCUUAGCAAGAAAGAAAUCAAAUGGUCUGAGUAUCAGAAGGUGCCGAUUAUAAUGGUAGAUGGCGAGCAGCUAAAUGACUCGUCAGCUAUAAUUGACAAGCUCGGAGAGAGGAUUCUAUCUAAGAAAAAGGCAGAUUCAACCUCUGAGGACGAUGAAGAGACAAAAUGGCGGCGGUGGGUUGAUAAUCAUUUGGUACACGUUCUGUCGCCUAAUAUAUAUAGAAAUACUUCUGAAGCUCUCGAGUCCUUUGACUAUAUUACGAGCAAUGGCAAUUUUAGCUUCAUGGAAAAAAUUUCGGUGAAGUAUGCUGGUGCUGCAGCUAUGUAUUUUGUGUCGAAGAAGCUAAAGAAGAAAUAUAACAUUACUGAUGAGCGUGCUGCUCUUUAUGAGUCAGCAGAAACAUGGGUAGAUGCUCUGAAUGGCCGCGAGUUCCUUGGAGGGUCUAAGCCUAACUUCGCCGAUCUGGCUGUUUUUGGGGUUCUAAGGCCCAUACGCUAUUUGAGGUCUGGUAAGGAUAUGGUGGAGCACACACGUAUUGGUGAGUGGUACACAAGAAUGGAGAUCGUUGUGGGAGAGUCUUCCAGGAUUAAAGCCUAA